AUGCUCAAGAGAUUCUUUAAGUCUAGGAAUUUGAAAGUAGCAAUUAUUGCUCUUUGUGUGGUAGGAACUGUUUACUAUGCCACAUCUUCUGGUGAACCUGAUUUCCCUGUAAUUGACAUGUUUUAAAAUAGUAUCAGUGCCAAUACAACUUAUAGUGAUGUGAUUAGCUCUGAGAGAAAAAUGAAAAUCUGUGGUGGCAUUUUCCAUACAGAUGAUUCCAAAUUUUAGCAUUAAUGCUAACUCUUCUGGACAACUCAAGAUAUUGUUGCUAAGAAAGAUGCCAAUGACUCUCUUACUGUUUACAUAGCUUAUAAAAGCUUUGAAUACGCAUCUUAAAUUAAUCCUAAGAGUAUUCAUCGUAAGAAACCUUAGAUUUUGGAUUUUAAGAGUUAAGAUUAGAACUUGAUUUUUAGAGCUAAGGUUACAGCAAAUGGUGAAUUGCUUAAACUUGAAUGCCCUGCUGACAAAAUACCUAAUGAUUUGCUUGUAAAAAUGACUGAAAAACUCAUUGAUCAAUACUUCCCAAACCUUAACGCUACUCUCUAUGAUGAUGAAGAUUAUGAUUUCAACCUUUUAGGUGCCUCUAAAUCAAAGGCUCCUAAACGUACUGAGCGUACCUCUCUCGGUAAAGUAAAACCUAAAUUUACUUUCAAGCGUAAUAAAGAUGGAUCUACUGAACUCAAAAAAUCCUACACUCAUGAUGACAUAGUGAACAAAGAUAACGUUUUAAAGAAACCCAAUUUGAAAUAUCAUUCUAAGUUCACAGUAAAAGAUGGCAAAGUCAGAUAAAACAACGAAGCCUUAUCUUUUUCUCUUAAUCGUGCAUAAUAAAACAUGACUCUUGCAUCUAGCAAUGGAUAAGAUAACAAUUAAGAGUUGAUUGGAUCAGUGAAUGUCGAUAUCGAAAGCAAUUUAACUCUCACAAAUGUAACUAAGAACGUAACCUUUAUCAGACUUGUUGAUUUCUAUGAACAAAAUAUUUACUAUCGCCAACUUAACACCACAAUCGAUGAACCACUUAACAUUGUUCCUUAACCUUAAAAGACUGUUUUGCAAGAUGGUUCUGAUUUAAUUUUCUAGAGAGAUUAUCAAUUCUUUUAACAAAGCAUCUUGAAUAAUAACUUUUACUUGAGUGCAAGUAUUCACACUUCAUUAAGAGAAACAAAUAUUAAUGCUGAUAUCUUCUUGAACAACAAAUCUUUAUUCUCUAUUUAUUCUUAAAAAGUAGAGCAUAAAUUCUUGGCUUGUGAUCCAAUUUAAUUAUAAUAAGACUAUUCAACCUAAGAGUUCAAAAUAUUCUCAUAUACUUAUCCAUUGUAUGGUGGCAUAGUAAAAAUUCCAGUUAACAUUAGUGUCAACUUAAAAUAUGGAUGGGCCUUCACAGAAUAAAAGAGAGAGGAUUAUAGCGAUUGCUAGCUUUAAUUCAAGCCAUACGUAUAACCAAAUAUUCUAGGAACUGCUUCUGUCAACUUUUUAAAUAUGGGAGAAGCUGGUAUAAGAGCUCAUGGUAUUUUGGUUGAUACUGUAGCUACAUUUGAGGCUGAUGUAAAUAAUGAUUUGGAUGUUUAGCUUGGAGUUGAUAUUUUAAUACAACCAUAUAGCUACGACAUUUCCAUGUAUUAUUCAGUUGUUGAGUGUCCAAGCAGUAGUGGUUUAGUCUCUCUUGUUAAAAUUAUAGCCAGUAAUGUUGGAUUUUAGUCUGACUGUAAAUUAGAUGGAGCUAAUUAGACAAUUAUUCCCUUAAAGAGUGAUAAAUCAGAUAAUCCAAUUCAAAAGAAUAUAUUCUCAACUAACUUCAAUGUAAAAUAGAUUGCUUAAAAUGCAUUAAAUAAUAUUGGAGGUGGUGGAAAUAGUGAUGCUGGCUCCGGUGACAGUGAAUAAGUUGUUUUUUAUCAAUGA